UUUGUAAACGAGAGUUUGGAUCAAAAACUUUUUUAAGUCUAAAAAAAUGUUUAUGCAUCUAAAUGAAAUAGUGAAACUGGGCUCAUAAGUUGGUCCCCUCUUCGCCUUCGUUUCUCUGACUCGGUUUGGUUUGCAACACUGUGCCACUGAGCGUGGUCACAGGUCAUUGCAAGGUAAGUUCAACAUAGUAAGAUCUGUUUACCUCAUGUCCUAUGUUGUCUAAUGCUCUUCAAACUAAUGCUUACUAACUUUGUCUUGGGAUUUUCGAUUUGCACUAGGAAUGAAUCUCUUCUUAUAUCUUGUUGACCUUGCAUGUCCCAAACACCAAGCUACUUAUGAUUUCUACGCUUAAUGUCUCUGUGUUUUUUUCUUUUCUUUUCUUUUCGUUUUGAUGUGUUGAUUCUUGAUUGUAUGUUCCCCGCCCCCCCUCUUGAGAUUCUGCGAUGCGUAUGAAGAAAUGAUAAGUUUUUUUCAGGUUUAUGUUGGUCACUGUCAUGCUUAGUCAACUGGUGAUAAAAACUGUUCUGAUUGAUAAUCACAAUCCAUUUCAGAUUUCAGCUUCUGUUCUUGCCUUGUACUGUACAAAAUUGGAAAUAGGGAUCCCAAGCUUGAGAAUUAGGGUUUGGUGAUUGUGUUCCAGGGAUGAAUAGUUCUGGUUUGGGAGGUAGUUUUUUAGGUGGUCCUGGUGGGGGUAUCUUGGACCUCGAAUUGCCAUUUCAUAGACACCAACAACAAUCCCAGAUGGGUCAUCCGUCGGUGACGGGACAGCAUCACUUGAAUAUGAGGACUGAUCUGGAAAAUGAUCACCCAAUUGGCCUCAUGGAACUCAAAGGGUCGAAUGCGGGGGUGAAUUUUGGUAAAGGAAAGGGAAUUGCUUCUUCUAAUCCUGCCAAUAGUAAUGAUUUGAGCGAUGAUGACGAUGCGGAAGAUGGGAAUUGCGAGAAUUUUGAUGGUGGGAAGAGCAAAAAGGGGUCUCCUUGGCAGCGAAUGAAGUGGACAGACAAUGUGGUUCAGCUUCUUAUAGCUGUGGUGAGCUGUGUUGGGGACGAUGGCACCAUUAAUGGCACGGAUGGUCAUAAAAGGAAAUCCGGUGUCUUGCAAAAGAAGGGCAAGUGGAAAACCGUCUCCAAGAUAAUGAUAAGCAAGGGUUGUCAUGUGUCGCCGCAGCAGUGCGAGGACAAGUUUAACGACUUAAAUAAGAGGUAUAAGAGGUUAAAUGAUAUACUUGGAAGGGGAACUUGUUGCCAAGUGGUUGAGAAUCCUACACUGAUGGAUUCGAUGCCAAACCUCUCGUCUAAGGCAAAGGAUGAUGUUAGAAAGAUACUGAGCUCAAAACACCUGUUUUAUAAGGAGAUGUGUGCCUACCAUAAUGGACAGAGGAUACCAAACUUCCAUGAUCUUGACUUACAAGGUUAUUCUUUGGAUCAUGGCAGGGACUCCAGAGAUAACAAUGCCUCUGAGGAUGAAGCUGAGGAUAACAAUGAAAGUGAUGAUGAUGAUUUGGAUAAUGCACAUGGGGAUGGAGAGAGGGCGGAUGAGUUCUGUCAUAGAAGAAAAUCGAGCGAGGAAGAUUUCCAUUUUUGGCCACAAUCCAUUGAGAUGGAUAAAUUUGAAGUUGAAAUGGCAAGGGUUUUUCAAGACCCAACGAAGUCAGUGAGGGAACGAAGAGAGUGGAUCAAGAUAAAGAUGUUGCAGCUUCAAGAGCAAAGAGUGAGCUACCAAGUGCAAGCACUUGAACUCGAAAAACAACGAUUUAAGUGGUUGAGAUACUGCAGCAAGAAGGAUAGAGAGCUGGAGAGGCUGAGGUUGGAGAACGAGAGGAUGAAAUUGGAAAAUGAGCGCAGGGUCUUGAAACUGAAGCAGAAAGAGCAGGAAACAGAUUUAAGUAGGCCUGAGAUGUCCUUAGACCCUGCUUCUCUCGGAAUUAAUAGACCGCAAGGGAGGGAACAUUUCAACUUUAGCUGAAAGCAUUGUCUCCCCGGUGUUCAUCAUCGUUGCCAAAACAAUUGCCAAGCCAAGAAGACAUCAGAAUUGAGAGGAUUGGGAAUAAACGUUUUCCCAGUAUUCCACAACCAUGUAAUGACUGUGACUCAGAAAUGGAUGAAUGUUUCCUUAAGACACUUGAGCUUUGUUUUGACUUUGUAUAUUGUCAAAUGUCAAUACAUUUAACAUUUUCAUGACUUAGUUUUAGGUUCUGUGACUGUAUAUUUUGUACAGUAAAAGGUUUGGUGUCAACUGUAUACAGUAAAAGAAUCGGUUACCAAUUUUAUUUGUAUUAGCUUUGCUUUUGUCAAGAAAAAUUUCAUGAAAGCCUGUAUCCACUUUCUCAUUUCUGUGAUUGAACCAUGAUAAUCACGCCAUUUUUGUUUUUGUCAACAAUGUUUUGGAACAUCUAGAUGCUUUUUGUUAUGUUACGUAUGCUGCUAAUGUUCCUAAUAAUAUAGUUUUUUAUGUUAUAUGACAUGGUCUAUGAAACGUAUUCAAAUUUGUUUUCUCCACCUGGGAAAGGUGUACUAUAGAUCUUAAUCUGCGGAAUUAGACUUUUAUUAAUCUUCAGGGUUUGAUAAAUGAAAUCAUUUUAUUUUUCUUUCUAAAAACACAAACAUAAAAUUGGAUGUCUAACAUCAAAGUAGUUCCAUUUUCCAACGUUCUAAAAUCUAAAAACAAA